AUGAAAGCUACUUCAGUUAUCGAGAACAUUCUUCUCAUCCUUUUUGGCUGCCUCGCUCAGUCCCUGAUCUUGGCAGCCAUCCAGACGUGCAGAAUCCGACUGAACCCUGACCUCAACGACCAUAUCACCCAGUCGUGGCUGAUGGAGGACUUUAUGUUGAGAAAUUCCUCCGCCAAGCUUGAGUGUGCAAGCCGCUGCCUUCAGGAGAAAUCAUGUGUGACCUUCAUGGUUGACAGGACCCGGAAGAGAUGCCGCCUGUACGCUGCUAGAAUUACUCGCUACAAUACUCUUGUGGAUGCUGUUGGCUUCCGUUCUUACGACACUUGUCGAGGAGGCGUCCUGGGCGAGGUGUGCAGUACAGACGACGAUUGUGCCAUGCUGUUUUCGGUCUGUGCUGGCGACACAUGUCAGUGCGACUACGGGUGGAGCUACUCGCCCAAUGAUCUAGCUUGUGUCAAAGACUGCGUCCAGUACGGCACCGAGUUCACAUACUUCACGGAAACCUUCCUGAGCCUCCAUCACCAUUACAUCAGCUAG